AUAUUGUUAUAAGAUGCUUAAUCCACAUACUUAUCAAGUCAAGGUUGAAUGGAUAAAGAACAAAUUAUAUAUGUUGUACAAUGAGUAUACGAAAAGGAGUGUUGGUUCUUCAUCUUCUGGAGCUUUUACUUCUCAAUCACAAGAAUCUUUGGCACCAAAGAUUUGUGGAGUAAGGAGAGGAGGAUUGAGAAGUAGAGGAGGACAUGGAAAAUUGGAUGAAACUCUUAUUUCUGGUUAUAUUGAUUAUCGAAGCAAAGCUGAAAGUGGCAAUCAAGAUUUAAAGUCUAAUUUAGACAAAUACUUGGAAGAAGUGCAAAUGAAUUAGUUGGAUGAUAUAGAUGUCCUUUUGUAUUGGAAAGGAAAAAAGCAAAGUUAUGGGCAGCUUGCUAAAAUGGCAUGUGAUGUGCUUUCUAUUCCUAUUACAAGUGUAGUAUCAGAAUCCGCCUUUAGUGUUGGAGCCCAUAUUUUGAACAAAUAUAGAAAUAGGCUCCUUCCAAAAAAAGUACAAGCUUUUAUUUGUGCACGGAAUUGGUUCCAUGGAUUUCCUACAAAUGGUAAUAUUAGUGUAUUUAUCAAGUUUGAUUUAUUUUUUUGUACUAUUAAAUAAAUGUUAUUGUUUUUAGAUGAAGAUGAAGAUGAAGAU